AUGAAGGUUGCUGCCGCCAUACUCCCCCUCAUUGCUUCGGCCACCGCGUCGUGCCUUCACGGCACCUCGCUGAUGCCUCGUUCCGCCGAUGGCACCGUGGACAUCAACUCUUUCAACUACACCAACACCGGUGGUCCUCUCACCUGGUACGGUCUUGAUGAGUCAAACAGUGCUUGCUCCCAGGGCAAGCACCAGUCUCCCAUCGAUAUUGUCACUGACAAGAUUGACUACGCGGCGGCCAAGUCCAUCAAGUUCCACGUUCCCAGCACUGACAAUGCCAAAUUUGAGAACCUGGGCUCCGGUCUUGAGGUCGUUCUGACCAACGGAACCCUCGUCGCCUCCCAGCGCUCGUACACUCUGGCUCAGUUCCACUUCCACACCCCCUCGGAGCACCGUAUCAACGAGGAGUACUACCCCAUGGAGGCUCACUUCGUCUUUGAGAACACUGCUGGCUCUAUUGCUGUCGUCGGCUUCGUUUUUGAGCUGUCCCAGUUCGGCUACUCUACUCCUCUGUUUGACUCUGUCUUCGCUCACAUCGACGACAUUGCCACCCCUGGCACCUACACCAAGACUGGCCACCUGGACUUCACCGCUCUGACUGCCCACCUGAACGCCCAUGGCAUCUAUCAGUACACUGGCUCUCUCACCACCCCUCCUUGCUCCGAGGACGUCGCCUGGUUCCUGAGCACCGAGCCCCUGCCUCUGAACGUCCAGAGCUACAACGCUGUCAAGCACGUCUUGAAGUUCAAUGCUCGCUACACCCAGAACGCCCUCGGCCAGGACAACCUGCUUGAGAUUGCUUCCAAGGAGCUGAACUAA